AUGGCGUCUUCCUCGGAAGCACUCUUUCAUCCCUCAAAAUAUGUGACGCGAGCUCUCAAAGACUCAGAUGAUACGCUGGAGGCUAUAGAGACCAUCCAGUCAGAGAAUAAAGUCAAAAUCCCGUCCAUACACGCCGCCCUCUCCCUGCUUGACCUCCAUGGGAUCAGCAGGGAGGAAACUCACCGUAGCCUUUUUAAGACCCUUCAAGAGAACCUGACCGAGAGACUCACUUCAUUGGACAGCAAGAGUAUUAAGAGGCUCCUGGACAAAGCUUUCCAGUAUACGUCGGUCCCAGAGAUCUGUAGUGUGGUCAUGAAAAUGCUUGAGACACUCUCAGCUCAGCAACCCAUUGACGAAAAAUAUUUGCUAGAGAUUGCUGAAAAGGAAGAGCUGUACAAUGACUGCCCAAUAAUUGUCAAGAGGCAGAUAUGGCAGCUUAAUCCUGGUGUAUUUGGAGAGGCUGUCAGCCCACUGCUAGACCAGUACAUUGCAGAAAAGGAAUCACAGCUAUUUAACAUAUCAGAGCAGAGCUUCUUUAUGCAGCCUGUGAAGGCAAGGAGGCAAUCCUCCAUACUAAAGCAACUAGUUGAGAUGCUUGGAACUUCGCUUCCUCUAUAUAACACACUCACACAGUUUCUAAGGACUCUCUUUCUUAGAACUAGAGUUGGUCAUUAUUGCACUCUUAGGGCAGAUAUCAUUAUGAUGCUCCAUGAAAAAGAAAGCAGUCAUUUGGAGAGUCUACUUCGUUUGCUGUUCAUUGGCUUAAAAUCAGCCAGUUACUUGGAAACUAAGUCAUACAGUGGAGAUCCAUUGGAAAUUGAUAUCAUAAUAAAAUUUCUUCCCGAGCUCCUGUCCUUCAUGACAGAGUCAUCACUGAGGCUAAUCCACAGUAAACUAAAGCAGGACUACCCAACAUACACCCUCUCUUCAUCUUUCAUCAGACACCUGACAUCAACCACAGGGGCAAUGCAACUCACUACAUCCUACUCACUCUACCUCAUCGACAAAAAAGACUUUAAAACUCUCUCCUCUCUCCUUCCAGCCAUUGCUUCUUCAUACACAGAAUCAGAAACUGAUAUAUUUCCCGAUGGAUACAUGAAUUCGGUUGUAGUUGGCGUUAGCUCUUACUUGGGGACAAUUAGAGAAGCCACAUUGCUAGCGAUAAUCAGAGAGUUCUUCCUGCCUUGUGCUAGACACUCGGAGAUGUGUCUGCUCUAUUUGUGCAGGUUUCUCUGGGUCGGCUCCAAUAAAAUAAAAAGAGAGAUUGUCCAGGAGACACUGGAUGAAAUGAGACCUGCAACUGAUCAGGUUAGUCCAAUGGCUCAGGACCAGUAUCAGGAACUAGUUGAUAGAGUGAACAGCUACACUCAAUAAUCAGAACACACUAUAGUCUAUUGAACUAUUUUCUGUUACAUGUGUAUAACUUUUGUCAUUCACUUUUCUUCAUUCCUAAUUUCUCUCUUAUUUACAUUAUUAUAAUAAUUAAAUAUAAAAAAAAAAUACAAAAAGACACCUAACCAACCAAAAAUAAAUAGUUAAAUACAAUUCAUUUUGUCCUUCAUUUAUCCUCUCAAAG